AUGUAUAUCCCAGAUGUACAGAAGAUCGCCACUGCAGGCCUCGCUCUUGCUAGCUUCAAACUAACUGGUGACACCGUUUCCAAGGGCGAAGUGCUUGACUACGCUAUAGAGAAAUGCAUCGACAGCGACGGAAAUAUCCGUUGCUCUAAGCCCUUUCCCGUCAAGAAGGACUCCUGCUACAAGCUGGAGUGGUCGACGGACGGCACGUUUUCCCACACAACCGUCGAGGUUCGAGACGCCGGCAGUGGUGAGAUGGUGUAUUACAGAGACACAAAUGGAGACUGGAAGGCGGAAAAGAACGAGCUCGUGUACCUUGACUUCAAACCGAAGAUUUGGGGGACAGGAAAUGACACUGUCAACUACGAAGUCAAGAACUGCGAAAAGGGCGAAGAGUUGUAA